AUGCUCGCCCGUCGUGUCGGUGCUGGACUGCGCAACGCCCUUCCCGCACAGCACACGACCACCGCCGUCAAUUCGCGCUGCUUUACAGCCUACGCCGCAGCCCAGAGCCACAAGGCCCCUGCCCUCGCCGAUGUCAAGGCCGAUGGAGCUGCCGAAUUCAAUACACGACAGAAAGAGUACCGUGAGAGCUUGAUAACCGCUCAAAAGCAGAAGGAGCAAAGAGAAAAAGACGCUCGUGCACAAGAUCACGAUGGCGACAAGAAGAAGGGCGGUGCGCUGAAGUCGCUCAUAUACGGCACGCCCGAGGGACGCGAGCUCGACAAGGACAUCGAGAGGAGCUUCUCACAGGUCCUUGCUAGAGGCAAGUACGUGCAUUCCAUCGUCUUCCAUGAGGUCAAGCCCGACAAGGUCGAUGAGUACACGGAGCUCGUCGGCAACUGGUAUCCUAGGGUGGCAUCGAUGCCGGAAAACAAAGUGCAUCUGGUAGGCAGCUGGAGAACCGAGGUUGGCGACUGUGACACGUUCGUACACAUCUGGGAGUACCAGCGGUAUGAGGGCUACCACGCCUCGCUCAACGCCAUCCAGCACCACCCCGAAUUUCCCGAAUUCGAUUCCAAGCUAAAGCACCUGAUCAACUCGAAGCGAACCUCGCUGAUGCAAGAGUUCUCCUUCUGGCCCACGACUCCGCCGCGCCAGCUGGGAGGCCUCUUCGAGCUCCGUUCCUACACGCUUCAUCCCGGCAACCUUCUCGAGUGGGAGACACACUGGAGGCGCGGUCUGAAGGCACGUCGGGAGGUCAUGGAGGGCGUGGGUGCGUGGUUCGUGCAGAUAGGGGAGCUGAACACGGUGCACCACCUGUGGCAGUUUGCCAAUCUCGAGGAGCGCAAGGUUCGCCGCGAACAGAGCUGGAGCGUCGAGGGCUGGGGUGAAACAGUGCACAAGACUGUACCGCUGAUCCAAGAGAUGAAGAGCAGGAUUUUGAUCCCUUGCCCAUGGAGCCCGGUCGCAUAA